AGCAGCAGCAGCAGUGUGCAGGGUUAGUGUGUGUGUGCAGUCAGAUCUGUGCAAAUGCGCAGUGAGAAAGACCUCCCCGGUCCAUACUGGUUCACUAGUUUGGAGCUAUAACCUGUAGGUCGCUGCACCGCGGUGAAAAGCAUGAAAACUGGGAUCCAGCAGUUCAGAGGACGAGAGAAAGGAAGGUACGCACCAAGGAGCUGAACCCUCAGGCCCAUCAACAGGGAACCAUGUGCAGCUUCCUGAGCCCCAAACAGCACAGCAGCCCCGGCCUGACGGACAUGCAGCAGUAUCAACAGUGGCUGACCAGUCGACAUGAAGCCAGCCUGCUGCCCAUGAAGGAGGACCUGGCCCUUUGGCUGUCAAAUAUGCUAACUGAGCAAGAUACCUCUGACCUGCUGUGGUCAGAGAUCAAAGAUGAAGAAGACUGCAGAGGUCUGGAAAUCACCGCUGAGAGCUUCAUGGAUCGCUUAGACAAUGGUUUCCUGUUGUGCCAGCUGGCUGAGACACUGCAGGAGAAGUUUAGGCAAAGUAAUGGAGACCUGUCGGCUCUUGGCAACAGCAAGACUAUUCCCUAUCGGAGGAUACCGUGUCGGAAGAGUGCACCCUCUGGCUCUUUCUUUGCUCGUGACAACACAGCCAACUUCCUGUCGUGGUGUCGUGAGGUUGGAGUUGGAGAAACAUGUUUGUUUGAAUCAGAGGGUUUAGUUCUUCAUAAACAGCCUCGAGAAGUGUGCCUUUGUCUGUUAGAAUUGGGACGGAUAGCAAGCAGGUACAACGUGGAGCCUCCUGGCCUUAUAAAGCUGGAGAAAGAGAUUGAACUGGAAGAGAAAGCACCUCUACCUCCUCCCUCACCUGUGUCCCCAGUUCAGCCCCUCCCUCCAUCUCCAUCCUCAUCUCCUUCCCCAUCUCCUUCCCCUUCCCCAUCCCCAUCUCCAUCCCCGACUCCCACCAAAGUCACCUCUAGCAAGAAAAGUACAGGAAAGCAGUUGGAUGAUGCUGUACGGCAUAUCGCUAAUGAUCCUCCCUGUAGGUGUUCAAAUAAAUUCUGUGUAGAGAGGCAGUCAAUGGGUCGAUAUCGUGUUGGGGAGAAGAUGCUUUUCAUCCGGAUGCUGCACAAUAAGCAUGUGAUGGUGCGAGUUGGAGGAGGCUGGGAGACUUUUGAGAGCUACCUGCUGAAACACGACCCGUGCCGCAUGCUCCAAAUUUCCAGAGUGGAGGGAAAGUUGUCUCCGGUCAGCAGCAAGUCCCCUAAUAUUAAGGACCUCACCCCUGACAGCUACCUGGUGGUAGCAGCAAACCAUCGCAGCAAAAAGUAAAGACCUGGGACUGAGAUGUUUUCAGUAGUAGAAGGAAAAAGACACAGAUGGUACAAAUAGGGACAUGUGGAAAUGUCUCUGAGCAUUAAAGCUGUAAACACAACAUCCACGGAAAGUAUAGUAGAAAUGGUUUUGUAUGUGAUAUCAAAAAGUAGUGAAACUGAUGCACAUUGUGUUGUGAGAUUGAUAAUAUGUUUCACAUUUUAUUUAGUUUAAUGAUACAAGAACCAGCUUUGAAAAUUUAAUCAUAACAUUAAAAUGAGGUAACUGGGGUAGAGGUUGUAUAUUUUCAUGAAAAUUUCUUCUUUUUUUUCAAUUACUAAUUGUAUUUUAAGCAAUAUAUCCUUAUAGUAAGUAGAUUCUUUGUAGUUUUAGCCCAUGUAGUUCAGACUGUUCAGGAAGAGUCUGGAAAUCAGUUCAGAAUCUCAGAGCUGCAAAUUGGACAAUGACCAUUGGUAUUAGCAGAAGUAGAGAACUUACUACCAAAAGAAAUGUAUUAAACAAAGCUUUACAAGAUGACCCACUAAACAGUAUAAUACUCCACCAAAUCUCUCUUAGUGACCAAACAGAGUUUUUCUCAAUAACAUUUAAAAGGCAACGCUUUAAUUGUUUACAUGUUAAAUAAUGACUCUAUGCAGUUCACAUUUGUAUUGUUAUAAUGUCUGUUAAUUAUUAAUCAGAAUAUUUUGUGGUUCCUUUCAUUAUAAUUGUAAACACAUGGACAAUCACCUACAGAAAAUGCAGUAUGUAGUUUCAUUGAACUUACUGAUAAAACUCUUUGUUUUGUUAAUUUGUUGUACUUUACUGACCUCUAGAGGCAAAGCGAUGUUUUCAAAUAAAGUGCAUAUUAUGACUC